AUGGCAGCUUUGGAAGAGGUCCACAUCCCCUCUGAACCAGCGGGAGGUGUGACACGCUGUGUCUCCUCCGCUUCGACCAGCACCCCGACUUGGUGGCGGCGAAGUCGAGAACGUGCCAAAGCGGAUAGGCAGAGUUGGGACUAUAUAUGGAGCUCCGGGGUAGCGGGAGGAAUAGCCGGUUGUGUGGCAAAGACAGCUAUAGCUCCAUUGGAUCGAGUCAAGAUAUUGUUUCAAACUUCCAACGUAGAAUUUAGACAAUACGCUGGAACUCAUCUCGGUCUCAUACAUGCCGCUCGACGUAUCUAUCAAGAGUCAGGUGUACGAGGUUUGUUCAGAGGAAAUUCUGCGACUUUGUUAAGAGUGUUUCCAUAUGCCGGAAUCAAGUUUAUGGCUUAUGACGCUAUAGAAGCUGUUUUGAUACGCACACCUGAUGAACGUACACCUUUGCGAUUUUUCACAGCCGGAGCAACCUCAGGUGUCACUUCCGUCCUUAUCACGUAUCCACUCGAAUUGAUUCGAGUACGACUAGCAUAUCAAACUACGACCAGAGGAUCUUCUCUGAGAGAAGCCAUCCGAACGAUUCAUCACGAAGCCGCUAUUGCCCGUUCCGCCCCUCCCUCCUCUUCCAUCUCAGCAUUCACACGUUCGAUACCUCUUUUCCCUUUCUAUCGUGGAUUCAGCAUCACAUUGCUCGGUAUGAUACCUUAUGCCGGGGUAUCAUUUCUGACUUACGGCACGUUGAAACGUCAUAUAUCAAGCUAUAUACCUUACUUCAAAGAUAGACGCACGGCUUCAGACCUGGCUUGUGGAGCAGUGGCGGGUUUGUUAGGUCAAACUGCUAGUUAUCCCGCCGAAAUCGUCCGGAGACGUAUGCAGGUUGGGGGGGAGGGUGGAAGACCGGGAGUGAGUUGGAGAGAAGCUGUAAGAGCGGUAUAUACCGCAAAAGGAUGGAGGGGAUUUUAUGUUGGUUUGAGUAUUGGGUAUGUGAAAGUUGUGCCAAUGAACGCAAUUUCUUUUGCGACUUGGCAAAUCAUGAAGCGUCUCUUUGAGAUAUGA